AUGGACUCUCCAGCCUCAGAGACUGUAGAUGUCCGUACCACAGGCUCUGGCAACCAACCUAGUCAGUAUGGAAGCCCUCAACUCGAGGAUUCUCCAGAGCUCGCCGAUCAGAACUCUCCCAGCAAUGAGGAUGAUGCCGACCAGCCACAGAAGCCCACCAUUGCUCCUAUGCAAAAGCGCCGUAGAGUGACUCGGGCUUGCGAUGAGUGCAGGCGAAAGAAGAUCAAAUGUGACGGCAAACAGCCUUGCACUCACUGUACUGUUUACAGCUACGAAUGCACUUACGAUCAACCAUCAAACCGACGACGCAAUGCUGCGCCUCAGUAUAUUGAAGCCCUGGAGACGCAAUUGAAGCGUGCUAAGACGCUUCUGGCCAUUGUCUUUCCUACUCUUGACUUGAACGAUCCCGCUCUCGAUGCUCACCUACAGAAUGGUCUCCUUCCCCAAUUACCCAUGGGUGGCCCUCGGCCACAGCAAAUUCCCCUUGAUCCUCGUAUGCAGCUUCGCCGCGAGGACCAGGCCCGUACAGACAUUGGAGACUCGCACCUCGAAUCCAUGGUGAAAGCCACUGGUCAACUAGAUCUGGACGAGGAUGGCAAUUGGGAUUAUCAUGGCCACUCUUCCGGACUGAGUUUUAUGAGAAGACUGCAACAGCAGUUUGGUGACGUAAUGCCUACACCCUCUUCCGCAGCUUCAUCGCCGUUUGCAAAGUACCGGCCGAUGUCCCAAGUUUUUGACUCUCCCAACUCUAAUCAUCAAUCCCCUGGUGCCGAGUCGACAAGUAAUGCUUUACCUGCUGGAACAGAUUUACCGUCCAAGAAGGAGGCUAGGAUACUCUGCGACAAUGCUUUGAUCGAUGCUGGCGCUCUGCUGAGGGUUGUACACAUACCCAGCUUCUACAAAUCCAUGGAUCGCAUAUACGAGACAACUCCAGAAAACUACGGAAAUGCGGAGAACACUUUUCUCCCACUUCUCUAUGCAGUUCUUGCAUUGGGUACUCUCUUUUCUAAGCGGGGGGCAGAUGUUGACGAAGUAGGGUAUGAAGCUUCUAUCGACGAAGGUUUCAAGUACUUUCGAGCCUCGCGUCAACUUUUGGAUAUCGCCGAUUGCCGUGAUUUGACAUCGUUACAAGCCAUCAUUUUCAUGAUUCAGUUCCUACAAUCCUCCGCGAAGUUGUCCACAUGUUAUGCAUAUAUUGGAGUGGCGUUGCGGUCAGCGCUGCGCAUGGGUCUUCAUCGUUCGUUCAACGUGAAUUUCAACCCAAUCGAGGCCGAGAUACGGAAGCGUUUGUUCUGGACAAUUCGCAAGAUGGAUAUAUACGUGGGCGCAAUGCUUGGACUGCCCAGUUUCAUCAGUGACGAGGACAUCGACCAGGAGUGGCCCGCGGAAGUGGACGACGAAUACAUCACAGAAACAGAGAUAAGGCCCAUGCCAGAGGGGAAAAUCUCGGUAGUUGCAGCGUCAAACGCUCAUACGAAGAUUGUGGAGAUUCUCGCCAAGAUCUGUCGAUACGUGUAUCCCAUCAAGGGCACACAGUCGGGAGGCAACAACUCGGUGACAUACUCUGUCAGCUAUUCCAAGAUUAGGGAGAUCGAACAGGAUCUCCAAAGGUGGCUCGAGGCGUUGCCUAUGGCCCUUCGACCCGGUGGAGAGGCGCCAUCAAUCAUCAUUCGAGUCCAACAGUUGCUGAGAAUGGCUUAUGGCCACGCACAGUUGUUGUUGUAUCGUCCAUUCCUGCAUUACGUUUCUCAAUCAUUUACUUCGAAACCAGUUGACCAACGAGCUUUUGCUUGCGCAAAUGCCUGCACCAGUGUUUCGCGAAACAUCAUUCACAUCACAGUAGAAAUGAAGAGAUCGGGGCUGCUCAUUGGAGCAUACUGGUUCUCCAUGUACACCACAUUCUUCGCCAUCAUCUCCAUCCUGUACUUCGUUUUGGAGAAUCCUAGCAGUCCCACCAGCCACGAGUUGCUCAAGGAGGCAAUGGAAGGGAAAGAAACUAUUUUUGAGCGACUUCCCGAAGCAGUCAAACAGGGUGGAGAGGCAAUCGGUUCCAAGAAACGCCGCCAAGGUAGUUCGCCCCAGUCACUACAGAGUCGACCAAAUCUCCUCAAGCAGGACGACUUCAUUGCUGGCGGUAUUCGCCGUGCCAGCACGUUCCCCGAGACAAUGCCCAGCAGCAAACGUACUACAGCGCUCCCCAUCUCGCAUGCCCAUCUCGCAAAUUUGGGCAUGGAACCUACCUACGGACACUCGCCGUCACAGUCGAGUUCGGAUUUCUUUGAUCCCGCUCCCAGUCUUACGCCUUCAUCUAGCACUACCAGUGGCAUUGGAGGCUUUGGCAUCGCCCCCACUCACACCCCUCAGCAGAGACAGUCUUUCCCAGCCACACCCAUGGGCAAUAGCUUCGUCGAUCCAUCCGGCAUCAAUGUGCCGUUGUCGGAUGUCAAUGCUAUGAUGUUCCCCUCUGCAGACCCAUUCGCAUACCCCAAUCAGCCAAUGACCACAUUUGAGAACAACCAUCCUCACGAAUUCAGGGUAAAGCAAGACGCAUCACCGCGUGUUGCUGGGUUGCCGUACGAUGUUCCCGUAAUGAAGUCACACCCAGCCGGCUACAGCCCAGCUGCGCUUGCAGGUCUUUCCAUGGGACCUAGGCGCCCGAACGAGGACGUGCAGCUCUUUGGCCCAAUGCCCAUGUACUUGAUGCAUGGCGCUCAGCUUCAGGGGCAGCGCGGGUUUCACCCACCUCAGCCUCCGCAACCGCAGAAUGUUCAAAUGACUGGCACUCCGGAAGGAGGCAACAUGAACUUUGACGAUCUGUUUGGCGGAGAAGAAUGGGCAAGCACCUUCAUGGAUCAGAGCAUGGGCUUGAAUGCUGGUGGUACCGGCUAUGCAGGUGGCAAUUCCCGCUUUGUUCCAGGAGGUCCGAACUGGCCUCGUUGA